CGUGAGUGCCAGUGUACUAGAGAGAAGGCCUGGCUCUGGCUUACUCGACGUGUAUGCUUUGAAAUUCCGCAACAUGUUAAUGAGUUUUUAUCAAAUUUUUAUUAAAAAUUCAUGCAGUGUAUUCAGUAUACGAAAGAAAAUUUAUAGUGCAAGACAUUUACCUUCUUGAUCGAAUAUUUUUUUUAGUGUAAAUUGUGCAAUAAAGGAGUGGUUUAAAAAUGCCUGGGAAAGGGAGUAGAAAAGGAAAAUUUGGUCACAGCGGGAAGCGAACGGAAGGAACUUCUGAUGAGGAUUCUGUGAAUGAUGCUUGUAGUGUGACGAGUGGGCUGUCGGACGCAAAUGUCCUGGAAGAAGUUAAUGAUAAUGAGGUGGACGAACCUUCUCAGCAACAAGAGGCAUUUGAGGAAAAUUUAAGAGACGCUAUCGAUGGAUUAACGCAAAAAAGUGCCAAGGGACGAACCAAUUGUUUCCAGGGGAUUGAAAAAAUUUUCGCCACUAAAUAUGUUCCUGAUUUUGUUGAGGAUAGAAAAAUGACCAUCACAGAUGCAAUUGAAAGGGGAUUAAAGAAAGGUCGCGGUGAAGAACAAUCAAUUGCCGCAAGAUUAAGUACAUUACUUUGCGUUCAAUUGGGUGCAUUUGAAAGUGCCGAACAUGUUUGUAAAGAAAUUAAAUCGACAUUAAUUUGCAUUGCCAAUGACAAUUCGGCAUCGACCAAUGCCAGAUCAGAGUGCUGCUGGGCUUUGGGUUUAAAUCAAUUUUUUUCCGGUAAUGAUUAUGGUGACACCAUUGAAAUAAUUCAAUUGCUUUCGACAAUUUUUGCUGGUUCAUUUUUAAAAGGCAACGGGGCAUUGCCGACAAUUUCGGCUGAUAUGGCGGCUUUACAUGCGGCAGCGAUUUCCUCGUGGACUUUGCUUUUGACUGUUAUGUCUCCAUUUGAUAUUUACAAUCUACUUGGAAGUAAUCGGUCAAGUACUUGUAUGCCAUCUCUCAGUCAGUUGCGAGAAUUGCUUGAAUCACCUCAUCUUGAUGUGCGUUUAUCUGCCGGCGAGGCAUUGGCAGUGAUUUUCGAGCUUGGUCGUGAUUUUUGCGAUGACUACGAACAAGAAUGGGCACUUGAUUUAGUUGAGAUACUCAGAGAUCUUGCAACUGAUUCCAACAAGUUCAGAGCUAAGAAGGAUCGAAAACAACAGCGUGCAAGUUUCAGGGAUAUUUUACGCUAUAUUGAGGAUGACAUUACACCGGAAAUGCACAUUAAAUUUGGUAAAGAAGUCUUGUAUCUUGAGGGUUGGUGUGCCCGAACUCAAUAUAAUGCGUGCUGUCGACUUCUCGGUCCUGGAAUAAAUAUUCAUUUAUCCGAAAAUCAACUCUUGCGGGAAAUCUUUCAUCUUGGAAAUCGUGUCUUGCCUUUACCAACAACACAAAAAACAACUAAACUCGAAAAGACAUUGAUGAACGCAGCUGCAUUUAAGGCAAGGACCAUUCUUCGAAGUAAAAAUCGCGACAAGCGUUCCGCAGCAUUGGCAUUAUAAACUUCUCACAAAUUGCUUUCUUUUUAGAUAAUUUACUGCGUGAGAGAAUGAAUGUUAGUUUUAUAAUUUUUAAUUUAUUGAAAUCAAUUAAAGAAAAAUGAGAGAGAAUAUGAUUUCCCUUGAAAAUCAUGCAACUGUAUAUAUAUAUAAAAAGAAAGACAAUUUUUUUCAAAAUGCUUCAUGAAACUUGUAGAUUUUAAUAUUUUGCUAAUUGAAAUGUGUAAGUAUGGAAAUUUUUGAUUUGUUUUAAAUUUUUGACAGAUGAAUUUAGUUUUUCUUUUUUUAUUAAUUAAAAAAAAACAUUAAAUGUUAUUUGUUCUUUUUUUUAAAUUUAGUUUUUAUAUUUUAGAAAAAUUAUUGGUAUCAAAUUUGUUUUUCUUAAUUGUACAUUAAGUUUAAUAAAAAAAUACUAUAUUAUAAAUUAGAAAACAA